UCUAACAGGCCGUGGGAGAAAAUGGCGUACGUGUUCCCGAAGCGGGCCGGUGUGUCCCUCAAGCAGGUGAAGAGUGUCUUGGUCACUUUUUGCCCUUUCGAGUCCAACGUGCAAAGCACCAGAAAUUUUCUUCAAUGCCUAUUUGAAAAGAAGGCAUACAAAUCAAACUUGAACUGCAAUGUGAAAACAGAGGUAAAACAUGAUGGAUCUGAACCAGUUAUAGACAUCACAUUUGCUGAUGGUGACAGACUGAUUAUGAAAGGAGCCAAUUUAACAACUAAAGAGAUGUUAAAUGCAUUCAACAAUAGAUGUCGAAAGAAAGAGCGUUCAUUGGCAGAGUAGCCACGAAGAGAGGCUACCUAAAAACUGACCAUAGAAGAAUUUGCAUCAAUAAUAUAAAUGCAUAAAAAUCUGCAUGAAGCUACUUCUUUUGGAAAAAUGGCAAGGACUUUACUAAAAACUGAAAGAAAUCUGAAGUGGAUAUGGAAAGGCAGAGUGAUUCUGAUAAAAAACAAAACUAUGUUUUUUGGACUUUUGAUUAAAGAUUAAACUCUUAAUGCUUUA